UCUCAAGUGAUUUGUGUGUUCAUAGGAAAAAAUUGUUAACACGACGGCUUUUUAAUGAAGGAUAAUUUGGGAAAUGCGAAUGCGUUAGGAAGGAUGAACUUUUUCGAGUUUUAAAGAUCCAUCCUUCAUACAGUUGAAUACAAUAUAAAAAUUCAAAAAUAAUAGUGUUUUCAAAAUGUACCAAUAAAUUUAAUGGAUAACUAACCAGCUACAUGAGCCAUUUACUAGAGGAGAAGAAAAACAGUAAAGAUUAUGCGUUCGAAACAGCAACCGAAACCAUCAUUUCGUUGGACAAAUUCAAAUGAAAAUGAUCAAGAAACUCUUGAUGAAGCAGGACAACAAGAUACAAAUGCAAAUGCAUCACAAUCAUCAACAACACCAUUACCAUCACCACAAAGUCCUCCAACCGAGACGAUAGCAUCGUCGUCGUCGUCAUCAUUGUUGGUUUUAGUUGAAAACGAUAAAAGGAUUAUCCUUCCACCAUCAGACAGGAGUUCAUCACCAAAUGAAGCUAUCGCCGCCGGAACCAUCACCCCAUCAGCAUCAGCAUCAUCUGAUGAUGCGUUGAAUUCAGAAAAGAACAUCAGCAUCAGCAUCAAAGGAUCGCCCAUUUCUCCCCAAGGACUAACGCGUCUGAGGCCGUUUUCAUCAGCAUCAUUGUCAACAUCACCAUCAUCAAUGCCAGACGAUGGAUUACUCAGGGCAGAAAAGCUGGAUAGUAGUAGCCAACCACCUGUAACCGGGACAGAGCAAUUGCAUUUGUUGUCGCAGGAACCCUUAGGAGAUGCCUCCUCCAUCAUCUAUCCAAAGCAAUUGAAAUCAUCAGAUCUGGAAGCUUCAACAAGAACCACGAUGACGACGACGACGACGACUACGGCAAUGCCGACAAUGGCGGUGGCGGCAGCGUCAACUAUGACAAUGAAUUGUAGUCGAAAUGACAACGACACCGAGAAUGGUAUCAACGUCAACAUUACGAGUGCCUACUCCCCCAUCAACAGCAACUCCAUUUGUGGUGGCGAUGCUGCUUCCGAAAAUGAUGAUGGUUGCAUCAGCACCACCACCACCAGAACCACCCCAAUUAACUUCAGUUCAAGGAUGCCGUCCGAGUUGAUUGAUUCACAUGAUGGCGAUGGUGGUGAUGAUGAUGAUGAGGAUGAUGAUGAUGACGUUCCACCAACUACUCCUGCUGAUGAUGAUGAUGUGACGUUUAAUCGUAGAGGCGUAGAUCUUACAUUACCACACGCUAAUGGUAACCAAAAUAACUUCAACACCAAACAACAUACUCGUAUGAGUAAUAGUCGCCGAAAAGGUGAACUUGCAAGUCCACGAUGUCAAUCACGCGAUUCGACAGGAUCAACUGGUGGUGGUCGCUGUCAAUCGGAUGAUUCAAAUUGUUCAGGAAAUGGCAGCAACACAGCACCAACACCCUCACCACAUAGUCCCCCCGUUGGUUUACCUCUGCCAGCGACACUUCCUCAAUCAGCUGCAGCCGCUCUUCUGCCACCAUCACAGUCAGCAGCAAUGGCUGCAUAUUUAAAUGCUGCUGCUGCAGCAGCUCAACAAAAUCGACUCCUAAUGAAUAAUCCUUUAGCUGGUUUACAAUCAGCAGGACAAUCUCCAUCGCCAAGAUUACCGACACCCGAUGAUUCGCCAGCUUUAGAUUUCAGUACCAAACGUAGUCGUCGUGAUUCCGAAGACAGUGAUGCUAUGAAUUUAUCAAAUAAAUCCGAUGGCAUACCCGAAUCACCACCACCCAUCACAACAGAUGUCAAUUGUCCGCUAGAUUUGAGUGUUAGCAGUCGUAAACGGUCAACCGACGACGAAGAACCUUUGAUUCCUAGAAAAAUGCCAAGACCCAAUAAUGAUUACAAAAACAUUCCAACAGCUUGGGUACCUCCAAUCAAUCCAUAUCUUGCUGCAGUCGCCGCAGCUGGUAUGUCACCAAAAGGUGUCUUGCCCAUGGAUUGGAAUGGAAAAAACAAAAUGGUGACAAAUGAUGCAACCAAAGCUUUGGAAAAGAUGUCCGAAAUGACAAGAUUGGGUGGGUCUGAGGUUGGUGAUAUGCGAUCACCUGCCCAACCGAUUGGAAACUCUGGAGCGAGUACGGGACGACACAGUGCGUGGCAAUCACAUUGGCUAAAUAAGGGAGCUGAUGCGGUAAAGGAUGUCUUCAAAUGUGUUUGGUGCAAGUUAAGCUUUCCCACACUUGCUACUUUAACGACUCACAUGAAAGAAACUCAACAUUGUGGUGUAAAUGUUCCUCCAUCUCAGCAGAAUCAUCACGAUCAACACCAUCGUCACCCUCCAGUGUCGUCUGGAGCUUCUUCCAAUGUCACAACUUCGUCGUCUUCAUCAAGUAGCAAAUCAGAUUUGAAUCUUCUAAUAAAAGAAACCAUGCCUCUUCCUAGGAAGUUGGUUCGCGGUCAAGAUGUUUGGCUUGGUAAAGGCGCUGAACAGACUCGGCAGAUCCUCAAAUGCAUGUGGUGCGGCCAAAGUUUCCGUUCACUCGCCGAAAUGACUAAUCACAUGCAACAGACUCAGCAUUAUACCAACAUCAUCUCCCAGGAGCAGAUCAUAUCGUGGAAGUCUUCCGAUGAAAAAGGAGGCGGAGGCGGUGGAGGAUCAACCCCAAAUGCUGGUCCACCUCCCGUAGGACCUCCACCGCCAAUGGCUGGACCUCCGCAAAGUCCCCAAAGUGGUGGCCCACCAUCUCCAGCGAAUAGUACCGUCUCAGCAGUAUUGACUUGUAAGGUUUGUGAUCAGGCCUUCUCGUCGCUCAAGGAUCUCAGCAAUCACAUGAUCAAGAACGCCCAUUACAAGGAGCACAUUAUGCGUUCCAUCACCGAAACAGGUGGCCGUCGACGACAGACCCGUGAAAAACGGAAGAAGUCGCUUCCAGUUAGGAAACUCCUUGAGCUAGAACGAGCUGCUGGUCAGCAAGACUUCAAGACUAACGAUCAUUACAAGGGCGUUUCGACAAAGAUCACUUGUGAAAAAUGUGGUGACAAAAUUGAGACCGCUCUCUUCGUCGAUCACAUCAGACAAUGUGUUGGUGGAGCAAUCGCUAAUGCUUCUCCAAGAAGCUUAAAAAACACCAUCAUUCCUCCAGAUAGCUGUUUGACAAGUCCCCCAACACCCGGAAGUCGUGACGGAUUGAAGAGCAUCUCCCCAGCUUCGACAUCUUCAACUCACAGACAUAUCUCACCCCAUUUACCAUCACCCACUCCCAAGGAUCAAGGUGAGAAGACCUCUUCUUCACCAUCGGUCCUCAAUGCCAUCGAGCAAUUGAUCGAGAAAAGCUUCGACACACGAUCAUCUCGACAUGGUGCUGCAUCUUAUAACCAAAAUAACUCCGGAACACCUUUGGGAGCUAGUAUUCUCAAAAGACUGGGAAUCGAUGAAACCGUUGAUUACACAAAACCAUUGAUCGAUGCUCAGACUAUGGGCUUGCUGAGGUCUUAUCACCAGCAUCAUCAGUCUCAAUAUGGCGGACGGCGGGAAAGAAGUGGUUCGGAGUCAAGUUCAAUCUCCGAACGUGGAAGCAGUCGUAUGGAGUCUCUAACUCCAGAGAGAAAGCCUCCUUUACCACCAUCACCACCACGUCGAACUCCCGACAAGAUCUCACGAUCGCCUAAUCUCGAUAUGGAACAUAAAGAAUUCAAAGUCAAGACCGAACCAAAUGACGAGGAAGAACAAGAAGAAGAACCCGAACGACAUUCGAAGAUCUCUGUUAGGAAGGAGUUCAACAUUGAACCACCACCUCCAGAAACUGGAGGAGGUGAAUUAGAUCUCCGCAAACACAGAACUCCUAGCAGUUCUGCUGCCCCGAGUCCUGUCCCAACUAGUCCAUCGUCCAGUGAUCGCUCUUCAGCUGGAUGCGGUGAAAAAAAGCUCCCCGGCAGCAGUUUGACAGCUCUGUCAUCCAUGUUUGACAGUUUGAAUUCGCAUUCUGCCACAUCAUCAGCAAAUGACAUUCCGUCGGCAGGGGGUAAAAAAUCCUCCUCCGCAAAUCCCCUCGCAGCCCUUCAAAAACUCUGUGAAAAGACAGAAAAUCCACCCGCAACCAGCACCCGUCUAAAUUCAUCAAAUAACAACCAUCAUUCCAAUGGUGGUAAUUUGACAGGUGCCGGAACACCCAGCGGAAUGGUGGCUUUUAGUUGGGCCUGCAACGAUGCUGUCAUCACUUCUGAUUCCGUUAUCAAAUGCGCUUUCUGUGAUACGCCAUUUUGUUCCAAAGGCGCUUACCGCCAUCAUCUGUCAAAGGUGCACUUUGUCAAAGAUGACGCCAGCAUGGAACCUUUACUCCAAUCAACCAAACCAAUGAUGAGUGGUUCGUCAUCGUCAUCAUCAUCGUCGGCCGCAUCAUCAGCUGCCCCACCAUCGCCAAAGGCUCGAAGUCCAGCUUCAGCGCCACAAUUAUCGCAUCCUCCACCGCCGCCACCACCAACAGCUCAAUCACCGGCGGCAUCGGCAGCCGAUGAGAGUGUCCAGUCAAAGUUCCUCAAAUACACCGAACUGGCUAAGCAAUUGUCAUCUAAAUAUGUCUGACAGCAGUCAAAAGGUAAAUAUGACGCAUAUCGCCAUAAUUAAGAGUGUUGUAAAUUCCUCUUUUUUGUUUGAAAUUUGAAUUUCCGCCCGCCAUUUAAAUUUUUUUAGAUUGACAAGUGUCAAACUAAAAAAAAAAAAAAAACGAGUUAAAAGAGUGCAAAAUGCAUUUUCUUUUUAUCCGUGUCUCCUCUUUGCUCAUCGAUUUGCAAUAAAACAAGUUCAAUUGAUAAAAAGCAAAAAAAAAAAAACAAAGAGAACAACAGAAAAAUAAAACACCAUCAUUAUAUUCUCCCACUCCUACUUGCUGCAUUGUCAUUUUUGAUGAGUAGUUUAGGUUUGUUUUUUUUUAUUUGAAUUUCGUCAAUAGUGUCAUUUCGCUCAUUCCAGUUUAUUGGAAAGCGAAAUGCAAUUGGCGAGAAAUCUAAGAGCAAAAAAGGAGGGCGGUCGGAAUUUUAUUUUGUUUUUUUUUUUUUUUGUUAUGCAUUUUUUUGUUUUGUUUUCUCAAAAUGAAGAGAACAUAGGAGGAGAGAUAUUACUCUCUUGAAAUGUCACAUCAGUGUGAAUUGUGUUUAUGUGUGUGUGUGUAGGAGGAGUGAUGGCUAUUGGAAAACCAUAAAACCAGUAUUUAUGAGUUAUUUUUAACUUUUUUUUUUUUAAUUUUAUUUGAUAUUGAAUGUACUCAAAUUCAUUUGGAUGAAUUUUUGCAAUUUAUUUUUACUCAUUGAGAGGGUUUUCGAUAUUCGAAUAUGAAGAGAUAAGAGAAUUUAUGAGUUGGAUUUGGGGAAAAAAAAAAAAAACUAAGAGGUAAUGCAUUUUCGCUGAGUUUUUUAUUUGUUUCGGAGUUUUGGCUUAAUUCAAUUGAGUGGUAGGAAAUGAUUGAGUUUGAGUAUUUUGGUUUAUACCCAGAAAAUUUAUGAAAUUCAAAAAAAAACUUUUAGGGUCAAAACAAAUUAUUUAUUAAACCAAACACUUUAACGAAAACAAAAAAAAAGAUAGGUAAUUCAUAAAAACAUACGAACUUUUCUCUGCGGUUGUUACUUCGCUCGUUUUGAUGCAUUUUGUUCCAGCAAUUUGUACCAACCCAACUUUUUUUUGAUAAAUCUGAUGCAUGGUAUAAAAAGAGAAGGUAUUAGAAAAAACUCAGUAUCGAGAACUGUCAAAACUUAUGGCUACUUAAGGUUUUGACAGCCCAGCCCAUUGAAAUUGUUGUUGUAAACAAAUUUGUCUUGGAAGUUGUUGUUGCUUUUGACUUUGCCAAAUGCCAAACGUCAAAACCUUAUUACCUUAUUUUGUAAGAUGGCGGCUCUAAUGAUCAUACCUUGUCUUUUUAUACCAUGAAUCUGAUGUCCAGAUUUUUCGAUCUCGCGAAAUUCACCUUUUGGCCGCCAUCUUGGAUUUUAGUUUUUAUUAAAUAUCUUGACUUCUAUUCAUCCUAGGGAAACGUUUCCAAAUAGUAAACGUAGACCAUUAAAUUUCCCGUCUUUUAUGUUAAGGACACUUUUUCGAUAUUUUGAGUAUUAAAAAAGUUACAGAUCAAAAAAGGAAAAGAAAAUAAAACAAAUUUUUAAAUUUUGAGCACUUUCUAUCAAAAUUUUGAAAAAUAAAAGAAGACCGAAAAAAAUAUUGUUAAUUUUACCUUAAAUAAGCUGUUACCUACUUACCUUUAAAAUAA